GACACAGCAACCGAACCGAACUCGAGCCGCAGGAGUGACGCUGAAGCAAACGUAUCUAAGUUGGAGCACUUGGCUCUUCAGCGGGAACUGGAGUUUGCUCGAGGUGCAAUCAAGGCCUUGCAAAGGCAGUUGGAGGAGCAGACCAAGAACUCUCGUGAUGAGAUAGAUUCACUGGUUGAAAAUCAACAAAGCCUACUCCGGGAAAGGGAAGACCAGAUGACCAAGUUUAAGGAAAAGGAAAUCACUUUGGAGAACCGGUGA